AUGCUCCACCCCACCCGCCUUGCUCCACAACCCAAACACACUCCACCCAGCAUCACCACACGCCACCACGCUCCACCCCGCGGCACCCCGCGCCACCCCACCACAAUCCACCUCGCGCCACCAUGCUCCACAACCCAAACAUACUCCACCCAACAUCACCACACGCAACCACGCUCCAACCCGCGCCACCAUGCUCCACAAACCCAAACACAGUCCACCCCGCAUCACCCCGCGCCACCCCACCACAAUCCACCUCGCGCCACCAUGCUCCACAACCCAAACACACUCCACCCCGCAUCACCACACGCAACCACGCUCCAACCCGCGCCACCAUGCUCCACAAACCCAAACACAGUCCACCCCGCAUCACCACACGCCACCAUGCUCCACUCCGCGCCACCAUGCUCCACAACCCAAACACACUCCACCCCGCAUCACCACACGCCACCAUGCUCCACUCCACGCCACCAUUCUCCACAACCCAAACACAGUCCACCUCGAAUCACCACGCUCCACUCCGUGCCACCAUGCUCCACAACCCAAACACACUCCACCCCGCAUCAGCACACGCAACCACGCUCCAACCCGCGCCACCAUGCUCCACAAACCCAAACACAGUCCACCCCGCAUCACCACACGCCACCAUGCUCCACUCCGCGCCACCAUGCUCCACAACCCAAACACACUCCACCCCGCAUCACCACACGCCACCACGCUCCACCCCGCACCAACAUGCUCCACAAACCCAAACACACUCCACCCCGCAUCACCACACGCCACCACGCUCCACUCCGCGCCAACAUGCUCCACAACCCAAACACAGUCCAUCCCGCAUCACCACACGCCACCACGCUCCACCCCGCGCCACCAUGCUCCACAACCCGAACACAGUCCACCCCCCAUCACCACACGCCACCACGCUCCACCCCUCGCCACCAUGCUCCACAACCCGAACACACUCCAUCCCGCAUCACCACACGCCACCAUGCUCCACCCCGCGCCACCAUGCUCAACAACCCAAACACAGUCCACCCCGCACCACCACACGCCACCAAGCGCCACCAUGCUCCACAACCAGAACAUAGUCCACCCCGCAUCUCCACACGCCACACGCCACACGCUCCACUCCGCGCCACCAUGCUCCACAACCCGAACACACUCCACCCCGCAUCACCACACGCCACCACGCUCCACCCCGCGCCACCAUGCUCCACAACCCAAACACACUCCACCCCGCAUCACCACACGCCACCACGCUCCACCCCGCGCCACCAUGCUCCACCCCACGCCGCCUUGCUCCACAACCCAAACACACUCCACCCCCCAUCACCACACGCCACCACGCCACCACGCGCCUCCACCCCGCGGCACACCGCGCCACCCCACCACAAUCCACCUCGCGCCACCAUGCUCCACAACCCAAACACACUCCACCCCGCAUCACCACACGCAACCACGCUCCAACCCGCGCCACCAUGCUCCACAAACCCAAACACAGUCCACCCCGCAUCACCACACGCCACCAUGCUCCGCUCCGCGCCACCAUGCUCCACAACCCAAACACACUCCACCCCGCAUCACCACACGCCACCACGCUCCACCCCGCACCAACAUGCUCCACAAACCCAAACACAGUCCACCCCGCAUCACCACACGCCACCAUGCUCCACUCCGCGCCAACAUGCUCCACAACCCAAACACACUCCACCCCGCAUCACCACACGCCACCACGCUCCACCCCGCACCAACAUGCUCCACAAACCCAAACACAGUCCACCCCGCAUCACCACACGCCACCAUGCUCCACUCCGCGCCACCAUGCUCCACAACCCAAACACACUCCACCCCGCAUCACCACACGCCACCACGCUCCACCCCGCACCACCAUGCUCCACUACCCAAACACAGUCCACCCCGCAUCACCACACGCAACCACGAUCCACCCCGCACCACCAUGGUCCACUACCCAAACACACUCCACCCCGCAUCACCACACGCCACCACACUCCACCCCGCGCCACCAUGCUCCAAAACCCGAACACGCUCCACCCCGCAUCACCACACGCCACUCCGCGCCACCAUGCUCCACUACCCAAACACACUCCACCCCGCAUCACCACACGCCACCACACUCCACCCCCGCGCCGCCAUGCUCCACUACCCAAACACACUCCACCCCGCAUCACCACACGCCACCAUGCUCCACACCGCGCCGCCGUGCUCCACAACCCAAACACACUCCACCCCGCAUCACCACACGCAACCACGAUCCACCCCGCACCACCACCAUAA